GAGCCAAGAAAUAGUUAAUCUCUCGGGCUGCCGCUAUGAUUGGCCGCUGUAUGCUGCGCUUCUGCCUCCUUGAAUGAGAAACAGGGGUAACCAGGCAACUUCAGAGCUGGAGAGAAUAAGAAGCAGAAGAAGAUAGGGGAAAAGAGGACAAGAUAGAGGAUUUCAGAGUGACGGGAGAAAUUCCGAGCAUGUAAAGAGGAAAGUCAUUGUGAUUUCACCUUGUGUGUCCUGUAAAACGGAACUAAGACAUGGAUUUUCUUAGGCUCGCUCUCUCCCUCUCUUUCUCCCUCUCUCCCUCUGCCUCCUUCACCGCGGGGGGAGAAAACGGAGCGCGCAAAUGAAGGGGGACACAGAUGUGGAUUAAAAACGCAUACAUGGGACUCUUCGGAGGAGCAUCCGCUGAGGAAAGUGCCGAGAGCUACAGACUGUGAUGGGUUGUCAAGCUGCAUCUGAAGUGCUCCGCCAAAGAAUAAUAUCCACUUCUGACCUACUCUGAAGAACAAUAUUUGAUUCAAUCAAUGUUGCGAGUCUCCCCCAGGGGGAUUGCUCCUGAGCAAUAGGUGAAUCUUCAUAAAGAGCAACAGUGGAGACCAUGUGAUACUUGACCUUCUCUGAGAAAUCUCAGGUACACUCCAGAGGAUGUCAGAUCUGAUCUGAAGCUGCCCUCGAGACGAUAGUUGAGCUCAUAAUUCAAUCAGCUCUUCAUGUUUUGCCCGGCAUUGCUCAAACACCAUGGACCUGUAGUGACAGAGCAUAUUUAUUGAUGCGGGAUCUUCAUUUAUUGAGGAGGAGCAGACAUGUCACCAUGGAUUUGACUGAGAUUAUCUGUGUCACGGAGCUACUGUGAGAGACACAGGAGCGCGAGGGGAGAGCCGGACACUGGGCGCUUGAAGGAUUAGCUAGUGUGCUGCUAACUCAUGGUGGGUCUGCUGUGAGCAGGACAAGGGACUCAGCGGUGGAGGAUGUCAGCAGAGGCCGAGGUCCAGUCGGGUGUCAAAACCAGCCAGCGAAAGGAGUCCAGGAGGAUCAAAGGUCAGGACCGCACGGAGGCGGGGCUUAUUAAGCGUUUCCGCGGAGAUGGAGUGCGCUACAAGGCCAAGCUGAUUGGGAUUGAUGAGGUGACAGCCGCACGCGGGGACAAGCUGUGCCAGGACUCCAUGAUGAAGCUGAAGGGGAUGGCUUCGUCAGCGCGUUCCAAGGGGGAGCACAAGCAGAGGGUCUACGUGACGGUGUCGUUCGGCGGCAUCAAGAUUUACUGCGAGAGAUCAGGGGUGCUUCUGCAUCACCACUCGGUCCAUGAGAUCAGCUACAUUGCGAAGGACACCAGGGACCACCGGGCCUUUGGGUAUGUCUGCGGGAAGGAGGGCCACCACAGGUUUGUGGCCAUCAAGACAGCACAGUCUGCUGAGCCGCUCAUCCUUGACCUGCGCGACCUCUUCACGCUGAUUUACGACAUUAAGCAGCGGGAGGAGAUGGAGAAGAAGGCCCAGAAGGACAAACACUGUGAGCAGGCGGUCUACCAGACCAUCCUUGAGGAUGAAGUGGAUGAUCCGGUGUACCAGUACAUAGUGUUUGAGGCUGGACACGAACCCCUCCGUGGCCCCCAGUCAGAGGAGAGCGUUUAUCAGGUCCCAACCAGUCAGCAGAAGGAAGGGAUCUAUGAUGUUCCUAAACGCCAUUUCAUGACUAACAUCAACCACUUUGAUCUUUUCGGUGACAUGUCCACCCCUCCCUCGAUGCCCCCGUCGCCAGCCAACACGCUGGACCCGAACAGGAGCAGCCGCCAGCAGCAGCAGCAGCAGCACAACCCCGCCGAGCUGUACGCCCCCUUCAGCCCGACCUCCGUGCCGUCAGGUUAUAUGACCAUGGGUCCGGUUCAGGCGGCCCAGUGGGCUCAGCAGUCGUUUUCCACCCAAGCUCAGACGUUGGCGUUCCCCAUGCAGGGCCCCCUCCAGGUGGCUCAGGUCCUCCCCGGUGGUCAGCCAAUCAUCCUGAGCCAGGCCAACAUUUUCCCCGCCACUCAGCAGCAGUGGGCGGCCAUGGCAGCCUAUAUGCCGGCCCAGACGGUGGGUGUGGGGGGCCACGCUAUACCAGCUGCCAUGCUCCAAGGCCUGGUACCCAUUACCACCGUGUGCCCCCAAGCCUGCGACCUGUCUGCGCCCUCCUCUGCCAUCACCAGCCCCCAGCACAUGGUCGACCCUGCCCUGCUCCAAAGGCAGCUCAGCCUGGGCAAAGAAGGACUGGGCGCCGACUCGGACGCAGGCGAGGGCCCGUCCACGUCGGGAGCGGCAGGGGCGGGACCCGGCGCUCUGUCUGCCGGGGCGAGCAGGUGUGGAACCCCGGGUCUCAUGAGCGCGCCGGACACGCUGGCCUGCAGUCAGCUGCUGGCACCUCAGGUCGCAGCCAACCAGGAGGAAGAGGGUAGCUGUAGUGACCUUGAUCUGUCCAGGAUGACUUUGAGCCCAGGAACCUCCACUUCACCAUCAACUGAAUCACCAUCCACACCCGCCCCUCAGCAGAGCUCAUCUUCAGACUGCCCCCCCUCCCAGGGCAGUGACCCCCCGACAGAUCACUCCCCGGUUGACCCAGAGGGACCCCCCAGCGACGCCAGGGAGGAACAAUCAGGUUCUGCUGCUGCAAGGUCGGAUUCUCCGGUGCCAAGAGAAGCCGCUGAGCCCGUGGAUCAGACGGGUCCACAGGAAGACAGCUAGAGGGAAGCAGACAGGGAAGAACGGAUAUGGAAGCUCUCAAUCCUGAGACUGGAGCUUCUGGG